ACUGUUCGUUGUAAUUCUAUUAAUUAGCAGUGCUUUGCAAUCGAAUGGGUCAAAGGGUCAGUGUGAAGUUGACAGCUUAAGUGAUUAUUUAAAUGAUUAUCUUUCAUUACCUUACGCAUGUGAUGAAAUAUAUAUCAAUAACAGAACGGAAGUACUAACAUCGAAUAAGCUAAAAAAAGCAACAACCCAGAUAAACAGUAUCAAGAUAAUAGGAGGAAUAUCGGGCAUACAGAAAAACUGUUUCAGAUACAACAGUGGCAUGACUAAUAUUACAAUAGCGGGCAACAACUUGCCAACAUUUUCCAGUUCUACUUUCUCGGGUCUUUCUUUAAUGGAACUAAACCUAACGAGGAACAACAUUUUGGAUCUUGGAUUGAACCCUUUUGGCGACUCUGCUAUAAAAAUACUGGAUUUGAGCUACAAUAAAAUAAGUACUUUACUGAAAUCCUCUUUCUCCUCUCAGCUUCUGGACAUUAGAAUCUCCUGGAAUAGGCUCAGUUAUAUCGAGUCCGAAUGUUUUAACAGUGACCUGCAAUUUUUAAACUUGAAAUACAAUUCGUUAUAUUAUAUAAAUCGAAACCAUUUCAGUAAUUUGAGGAGCUUAAGAGAGUUAUACCUUGGCAACAACCGGUUGACUGAUGUUGACUUGACCGAUAAUAACUUAAGCAAGCUAGAAAAGCUGGAUUUAUCUUACAAUAGAAUUAAAAACCUCCAUCGUCUUACUUUCAGUUCGUUGUCAAAUUUGAAAUACCUAAAUGUUACCAGUAACCAGAUCAAGUGGAUAUCGUCCAUUACUGUACAAAUUCUUACCAAUCUGAAAAUAUUAGACAUAAGCCUGAAUUACUUUACCAGUUUUCCAUACAGCAGUCUAUCGCACUCCAUCGAAUCCUUUAAUGCCUUUGGAAAUCCAUGGAAUUGCAUAUGUUUUUUACAUAUGGAAAAAUAUUUGGUUUAUAACAAGGUAAUUUUUAAUUGCGGGACGGUAUCGAGUCAUGUGCCGUUUUGUAUAUCGUACGGAGGAAGAUGUGAUAACAAGGCAAAUGACACGCUAGUUGCAGCGUUCACGGAAAUUAUUUCUUCAAAAUUAACACCGUACUGUAUUGGACUGACUCCACCCAGAGGAGAAAUUGGACCAAUCUAUCCAAUGGUGAGACACAGGCCUUUUUUGGCACCUAUUAGAAAACACCAGUUCAAGUAGAAAUUUCUAAUUUCUAAUUUAUAUUAUUGAUUUCUCUGAAAAUCCAGUAUCUUCGCCAUCUUUAUUUAGUUACAUCGCCAGCUCACGCUUCAUUAAUCUAAGUCAGAUAUUUUUCGAGAUAUUAAUGUAUUUGUGAUGUUUUUGAAACGUUUAAAACACCUCGUAAUUUGCAAAUGAAGCAACUGUAGACUAAUAUAUAUUUGGCAUUUUUAUUAUAUUUUGGCCUCAAGAUUAUUUAAUAGCAUUAAUAUUUCGUACUCCUUCAUUUAAAUACACCCUGUAUACAGGACUUACUAGACUAGCA